AUUCAACUUUUUACAAAUUCCACUUUAUUCUCUUCUCACGAAGUACAAUUCUUCUCCGAAUCUAUGGUAAAAUUGAAACUCCCACUAAGAUUCUUGUGAUGAUACAUUGCAAGCCGAAUGAUCCAAAGAUCAUCAUCAUCUUUCCUUUACUCGGCGUCAAUCAAAACCCUUUUAAACCUUUGCAAAUCUGAGAUUCAGCUUCAUCAAAUCCAUGCCAGAAUCAUCCAUAAGGGUCUUGAGCAAGACCAGAAUCUCGUCUCCAUCUUCCUCUCUUCGUCCUCCUCUCUCGUUUACUCUUCCUCUGUUUUCGAGCGCGUUCCUCAUCCUUGCACUAAUCUCUGGAACUGCUUCAUAAAAGGGUACUCUAAAAGGUUUCUCUUUUUCGAGACUGUUUCGCUUCUUGUGCGUAUGAUGAGACAAGGCUUGGCUCGGCCUGAUGUGUAUACUUUCCCUUUGGUUAUGAAAGUUUGUGCUAACAAUGGACAGGUCCGUGUCGGGUCAACGGUUCAUGGAUUGGUUCUGCGAAUUGGGUUUGAUAAAGAUGUGGUUGUGGCUACAAGCCUCGUUGAUUUCUAUGGCAAAUGCAAGGACUUGUUGAGUGCACGCAAGAUGUUUGGUGAAAUGCCUGUGAGAAAUGCGUUUUCUUGGACGGCUUUAAUUGUAUCCUAUAUGAAAUCCGGGGAGUUAGAGGAAGCGAAGAAGAUGUUCGAUGUUAUGCCUGAGCGUAAACCGGGAUCUUGGAAUGCAUUGAUCGAUGGGUUUGUGAAAUCCGGAGAUUUGGUGAAUGGUAGGAAGCUGUUUGAUGAAAUGCCUGACAAAGACAUAAUUUCGUAUACUUGCAUGAUCGAUGGAUAUGCUAAAGGCGGUGAUAUGCGUUCCGCUCGGGUUUUGUUUGACCAGGCGAGAGAUGUUGAUGCUAGAGCAUGGUCAGCUUUGAUAUCGGGUUAUGUACAGAACGGCCAGCCAAACGAGGCGGUGAAAAUUUUCUACGAAUUGUGUGAGAAGAAUGUGAAGCUUGAUGAGUUUCUGAUGGUGGGUUUGAUGUCAGCUUGUUCUCAGAUGGGUAACUUUGAGUUAUGUGAACAGGUUGAUUCUUAUCUGCACCAAUGGAUGAACAGGUUCUCUAGUCAUUACGUUGUGCCUGCUUUGAUAGACAUGAAUGCCAAAUGUGGCCACAUGGACAGAGCAGCAAGAUUGUUCGAAGAGAUGCCUAAGAAGGAUCUUGUUUCCUACUGUUCGAUGAUGGAAGGAUUGGCUAUUCAUGGGUGUGGAGGCGAAGCUGUUCGUUUGUUUGAGAAAAUGGUAAAUGAAGGUAUUCUUCCAGAUAAAGUUGCCUUCACAGUAAUAUUAAAAGUUUGUGGCCAAGCAGGGCUUGUUGAUGAUGGGUUAAAGUAUUUCGAGUUGAUGCGUAACAAAUAUUCCAUUGUGGCGUCUACUGAUCAUUAUUCUUGCAUUGUGAGUCUUCUUAGCCGGUGUGGGAAGCUCAAAGACGCAUAUGAGCUAAUCAAAUCCAUGCCUGUGGAAGCUCAUGCUAGUGCUUGGGGUUCGCUUUUGGGUGGUUGUAGUUUACAUGGAGAUACCGAGAUUGCUGAAGUAGUUGCAAGGCGACUCUUUGACCUUGAACCGCAAAGUGCUGGUAGCUAUGUACUUUUGUCAAAUAUUUAUGCAGCUUUAGACCGGUGGUCUGAUGUCGCUCAUAUUCGGGAUAAAAUGAAGGAGAAUGGCAUCAAAAAGAUUUCUGGUCGAAGUUGGACAUGUCGAUAAUCUCUUGUCAAGACUUUGGUUCAACUUCACAAGACAUACAGGCGAAAGCACCAAAGGAAGUUCACUUUUUGAAAAUGGAAAGUGGUUGAAGAAUGUAAACGAUCUAUGUUUGGACUUCACAGUUCACAGGGGCUUCUUUUGCUAUCUAACAGAUACAAUCCUCUUUGGUGCUGUGCUUUGAGGGUGUCCAAGAUAACAACCAAGAAUGAGGCUAACAAUAAGAUUUUGUUUAUGGUUUGAUUUGUCUAAGAGCUCUCUCAUUGCUUCUCUAUUAUUCAAGAAGGAUGAAAUCUUCAGGUGCAUGGCCAAAAUUGGAGGGGACAAAGAUCUCUAUUUUUUCCAAUUGUCUAGUUAACAACUUUCUUGGCGCAUCUCUUUGUGGAUAAGUGAACAGACAUUUAUCAUCUUUGGAGUGGUUUGAUUCUUUUGUAAC